UUUUUAUUUAUUAAAAGUAGAAGUUUUAUUUGUGAAUACUUAACAAAAUACUUGUUAAACAUCUAUUAGUGUUAAUAUUAGAGCUUGCCAGCCUAAACCAAAAACAACAGAGAGCGAUGAUUUAAACAUAUCAACAAGAACAGUCUAACUUGCCUAGAAAUUGUAAUGGAUAUACGAUAAUAUUUUAUAGAGUGAAUUUCAAUUAACAGAAAGUGUUAUUGUUUCCGUGUGUGCCAAAGAUAGCAAAUGCUAAUCUGACCCUGAGGAGCCGGUUGGAAUCUUGCAUUAAUAAAAAGCACAGAUAACGAAGCCAGUUCUGAUCGCUCACUUGCGUCAGUGAGAUAGUGAUUAGUGAUAUCACAGUUGUUCCGGAGUGUUGUUGUUAGCAAGACGUUACAUUAUAACAGCAUGGCUGACUUCUUCAAUAUAAAAUUUCGAGUAAUGGAGGAGGCGUUGGCGAACAAUGGGACGUCAUCGGAUGUGUAUCCGCUGCAGGAAAAGCGCGACCCUCUCUACAUCGUGGUGCCCAUCACCAUCGUCUACACGGUCAUCUUCUUCUCGGGGGUGACCGGAAACGUGGUGACCUGCGUGGUGAUUGCACGCAACAAGCACAUGCACACCGCCACCAACUACUAUCUCUUCAGUCUGGCCAUCUCCGACCUGCUCCUGCUCGUGUCCGGACUGCCUCAAGAGAUGUACUCAAUCUGGUCUAAGUACCCUUACGUGUUCGGUGAGGUGUUCUGUGUGCUGCGUGGCCUUGCUGCUGAAACCUCUGCUAACGCAACUGUGCUGACCAUCACCGCCUUCACCGUGGAGAGAUACGUCGCCAUCUGUCACCCGUUCUUCGCCCACACCCUCAGCAAGCUGUCGCGGGCUGUGCGCCUCAUCCUGGUCAUCUGGGCUGUCGCGCUUGGCUUCGCCAUUCCACAGGCCCUCCAGUUCGGUGUGACAGAUGGUUCGCGUCCAGAUCAAAUCCAAUGCCAAGUGGUGAAAAUCAUCGUGAAGCACUCCUUCGAAAUCUCGACGUUCCUGUUUUUCGCGCUUCCCAUGACUGUGAUCACAGUGCUGUACGCACUGAUUGGACUACGACUGCGGCGAUCCGCCUUGCUCAAGAAGUCCUCAGGUUCCUUCAGCCACCACCAGGAGGCCAGUAGGAGCGCCUGCAGAUCUACAUCCUCCAAGAGGGUCCUCAAGAUGCUAGUGGCAGUGGUGGUUGCCUUCUUCAUCUGUUGGGCGCCAUUCCACGCCCAACGACUAGUAGCUAUCUACGGUGUUCACUGGAACGAGCCCGUGUCCCCCUUGGCCAUACAGGUCUACACUGUGGUCACCUACUUUUCGGGCAUUCUCUAUUACGUGUCCACCACCGUCAACCCCAUCCUCUAUCACAUCAUGUCACUCAAAUUCCGGGAGGCAUUCAAGGACAGCUUGUCCCGGUGCUGCUGUCCCAAGGACCGACGACGAAGUUACGCCGUGCUCUCCCGUCGGCAGAGGUCGCUCGUUGUGCUCGGUUCCAAGAGCGUGACAGACUCAGGACCUUCUCACUCCCACUCGGACACUCGCGAACGAGCAGACGUCGUUGUAAGGCGACAGACGUCAGAAAGCAGCUGCAUGAUAUCAGACUCGAUGGAGACAAGACUCGGAGCCGAGGACAAGCGCCCCCUAGCUAACCACAAGCACAACAUCAGCAACUCCAGUCUCAGAGCAGCAGACUGUGAGGAGUUGCAGAGGGAGUUAACCCUCUACAUGAUGGAGGCUGCUAAGCGUAGUGUCCCUUGUGUGGAGUAGGGAUUCCAAAUUGAAACAGUAAAGGUACCUACUAAUUUCCAAGCUGAGCCGAGCUGUCUACAGAGUCUCAACCAAUCUCAUCAGAGUUAAUCCUCUGUGUGUCCCUCUGAAAUCCACCAUGAUCUCCACCUAAUUAUAUUUGUGUGGAUUGAUUUAAUAUGCUCCAUUGCAAUUACUACUGAAAAUUGUUGCUGUGACUAGUAUAAUACUGUAUCUACAUACUUUUCGUAAUCACUGUUUACACAAGAAAACUUUUGUCGCUGUAAUUUUUGGAAAACUGUGCAAUUUAGAUGUGCAUCUAUGUAGUUAUAUAUGUCAAACAAGUUGUAUCAUUUUAUAUGGUCUAUUUAAACUUGCUUCCAUAUUAUAGCAUUUUGUUAGUGCAAGUUAUAUAGAUGUCGAUACAGAAGCAAGUUAAAACCAUUUAUUGUAAUUCUUGUGUUUUCAGUCAACGAUAAUUACAAAUUUCACUAUCUGUAAAAGCUGAAAUGUUACUUUUCGUAAAAAUAUGUAAUUUAAUAGUUUUAUACAACUCUCACAUUGUGAUAUAGAUAACGCCUGAGGUUGAAGCGAAUUCAGUUAGGAGCCCUGGUGAAUCCUGUAACACAAAAUUUAAUUAUAUAUAACGUAUGAGUAAAAUAUACUGCUUUUUAAUUUUAUUCUACAAGUUGUUCCAAAUACUAUUUGAUUAAUAUUGUUUAGAACUUCAUUAAUGUGUACCGAAUGGACAAAACUCGAAGGGGUUGAAUAUCACUGAGGUCGUAGUAAUAAAUACUCAAUUUGCAAAGUUUACUUAUAAGUUUAAUUGUGACAAUUAAAACUUAAAAUCUACAAACACCACUUCUAGAUGUUAAAAUAAAAUAAUAUCUUGCCACAUUGCUGCCAAAAUAAAAACUGCUUAAAUAAUGCUGCCAAAAUAAUGAACUUAAAUUAUAUCUUGGGGGGUGGGCAUGAUGGUUUCAAUGUUCUAUAUAAUUUUGCCUACCAACUUAAUAAUUCACUAAAACUUUAAAAUUUACUUUCCUUCACGUUGAUGUCGACUCACACGCGUCAGCAUCUUGACUCGAUAUUGCAGCUGUAGUCGGAAAAGGUGAAGAUUAAUAGACUAGAAGUCUAAAACAGCACUCAAGUACUCGAAGAUGUAGUCAUAGUCAAAAUGCACUCGUAAACUCACCUGAAACAAAAUCACAAUGGUAUUGGCUAUUUAUCACGCAUUUAACAUGGUCUUGUCACAAGGACAUCACCUCAACUAUUAUCUGUAUUAAUCUUCCAAAUAAAACAUCAUCAAAUGUAAGUUACUCUUCUAUUUACAAUUUACUUUUUAUUACAUUAAGAUUAGAUAUCUCACAUAAAAGGGCUAAUUUAUAAUAUAAAAAUAUAAACUUUAUUUACGGGCAAGACACACGAGGUGUUGCUUGGAAGCAAGAAGUUCAGCAACAAAUUUCGAGAGAGAAAAGAUUAUUAAACGUGUCAAUUAGGUUAUUAAUCCUCCAGGAAUUUAGUUCCAAGAACAUCAGAUUAAACUUAUGCUAACCAGUAACGAGUAACAGGGUUGCAAAAAUAUGUAUUAUAUGUAAUGAAACUAAAUAACAGUACAAAUAACACACUUACGGUUUAAUGACACUCGAAGACAAAAUGGCACAUUUAUUACUUAACAUAAAUCUGAUAGCUUUUCACAAGCCUGCACCAAAACGAUUAAGGUUAAGAAUUUAUUGUAACAUAAGUGUCAGGAUUCUCAAAAAUGGGGUAGUUACCUCAACUACCCUGAAUUUCUUAAAGAACUCCUAUACAGUGGCAAAAAUAUGCAUACAUUUUAUAAGAGCUGUUUAAUUAAGUUGUGCAUACUUUGUGACAAGUUCCUUAAUUUACAGAGUGAGACUAUUUGAAUAAACUAGGCCUAUGUUGAUGUGUUCAAAUUAUACAUUAUCAUUUUUAAGCAUCUAAAAUAAUAUUAGUAGCAAAACACAAAUUGGGUAUCAUGUAAUCCAACAGGUACAUUGACUUAUAAAACUAUAUUUUAGUGGUUCUUAGAGUUGAUCUACAAAGCUUAAGCAUUGUACGUGAGUCUGUUUUUCGUUGAUUUUGUAUUUUCAGUUCUAAAAUUAUAAACUUAGUAAAGAUAAAGGCGUAUAAUCCAAAAUAGUACAUAACAAAAUAACUAGUCAUUAUUAAAUGAAUAAAACAAUAUAUGGUUAAAUAUUUAUCUCUUUCUAAAAGUACUAAAUGCAGGCCAUUCAAUUAAAAUAAAAGGAGGUCUAAGAUGGCUCUAAGUUGUUUAAACUAAAGAAAAGCAGUUGACUAAAGAGCCAAAACAGUUCAUAACACAAAUAAAAAUGUGUAAUUAUUUGUGCUCCCCUCCCAUAAUUCCAUAAUUUUAUAAAAACAUCUUGAACUUUUUCAUUCAUAUUUCAACACUUCUUAAAUAUUUUUGAGAUGUAAUUACAAUAUUGUUUUUCUCCAUAUUACGGUUCUAUAUUAUCACUUAUUUUUAUAGAAAGUAAAUGAAGAUCAUUAUAGCACAAUAUGCAUCUACAAACAUCUCAAUUAUCUAUGUAAAUGCUCUAUAUUAUUAUAUGAGUUUACUUUUAGCUGGUCCUGAAAAUAUAUUUUUUGUCCAUUUUGAGCAAACCAUUUCUUUGAGUUAUGUGUAUUUUGUGUUUCUUUUAGUUACCUUAUAAUGGAUGAAUUGAUAAAGAUUACCUUUUACAUUAAGUACAUUAAUGAUACAGGUUUAAUUUAAUUACGAGUCUUUUGUUUUUUAAAUUCUAUUUCGAGGACAGUCUAUCUGAAAUUGAAUUUUGUUUUCAGAUAAACUCAUAUAAAGUUUGAAUUCCUUCAAACUACCACAAAUCUAAAAUCAUUUCAUUAAAUGCCAACAGUUAAUUGAGAACUGUUAGGAACAAGGUGAAAAUUAUUAAGAAAAAGAUAUAUUACGAUGAUACAGGUAACUACACUCAGUGCUUGAAAAAAAGCUUUUAAUAAAACUGUUUGAAUAGGAAAGGUCCAUUUGAAAACUGACUGGAACUGGAAAUUGGUUGCUAAAGCAUGAAAAACAGAUGCUGUAGAUGAUUUUAAAAUCUAAAUAUCAAAAAUACAAAAUUAUUAAAAAUUAAGUUUAUGGUUGUAGCUAGUCCAAAUAGUAGUAAAGAUUCAUAAUUCACAAUAUCUAAGUGAACUAAUAUUAAAUUUUUGAAAGAAACAUUAUUGUGGCUUAAUUUAACAAAUUUAUGGUUUAAUAGUGUUAAUUAUUUUUAUAAAUAAAUGUAGUAUUUAAAAAUAAAACUCUAGAUAAAUAAUGAAUUUUAAAACCAUUUGGAAUCUAUGGCAGUGUUGUCAUAUCAGACCUAGGGUUAAAAUAACAUAUUAUACACUAAUAAAAUAAAAUAAAAAUGUACACCCCA